AUGCUUACGAGCUAAGUAAGAAUUAGAACGUCUGUUGGUCUCCGACCCUUUCGAUUCAAGUAGAAAUAGAAUCGGGACUCGGGAAAAGGUUCUCUCGUUCGAAAUUCCAAAUCUUUCAAACCUCCACGCGAGCCGAAAGAAGAAGAAGAAGAAGAAGAAGAGCGAGAAGGACAUGGGGAAGGGGACGAAGCGAGCGGCGGUGGUGUUCGGAGCCCUAGCCCUGGGGUGGCUCGCCAUCGAGCUGGCCUUCAAGCCGCUCCUCGACCGGGCACGCGGCGCCAUGGACAAGUCCGACCCGGCUCGCGAUCCCGACGGCGACGGCGACGACGCCUCUCCUCCGGCGAAGCCUCCCCAGGCCGCCACCGCCGACCUCUGAGCGGCAUAAGGAAUCUCUUUCUCUGUUCUUUGUCUUGUGAAUUUCAAUAGCUGCUCUCUUUAGCUACCGAUUAGAGGCUAGCCAUCGGAAUCGAUAGGGGGAAAAAUCUUCUGGGGGGUUUUAACGGAGUCGAACCAUCUGUUGUUCCUGUUUUUCUCGUUGUUCUCUGGCGUUAGCGGGGGAUCGCUUGCGCUGUUCCUGAAUCUUCUCUUCGGUUGAAUUGCGUGAUAUAGUAGAGUCAAAGUCGAGCGUUCGUGUAUUUUCUUGUGAUCGAUCUUCUUUGAUUAUGCGACGCGUGCGAUGCGUUCGUGUUUUCUGCUUUAGCCGACAAGCAUCGAACGUGUGAUUGCUGGGUUGGAUCAUGCGCCCAGAAGGGCAAAUUUCACGGGUGGUCGUUCCCCAAUUUGAGUUU